CGUCCCCCUACCACAUCUUGGACUUGCCGCAAACGUCGUUCAACGUUCCUUUUGCGAUAAACCUUCAUGAUGUGAACAUCUCCGGCUUUACUCUCAUCGAAAAUGCAGGAUAAGUCAAGGCCCCCUCGUUUGAGUCGGAAACGUCGGCGACAACAUUUAGAGUCGCCAGAGCCACCCUCGCAGAGGAUCGUCUAUUGUUGCACCGAACGACAAGUUCUACGUCGAAGCUUGAGACUAAAUGCUCUUCCAAUCACUGAAUCUCCACCUCCAUCACCACCGCCAUCUCCACCUCCAUCUCCACCUCCAUGGGCGCCUAACGAUAACCAUCGUAAUCUACCAGGACCAACAAAUAUUCUUAAAAGAAGGAGAAGUUUCGCUUGCAGUUCUCCAGCUGGACCCUCAUCAUUCACUCUUUCACUUUCUUUGUCAUCAAUCAGCUCUCAAUCCUCCACGGUCGGCACACAAACUGAAAUCCAUGAAUUUCCCAUCAGGCCUUGUCGUUGCUAUACGAAUCCCUCGGAGCCUUUGAUAAACUCAUCACGCUCAUCUGGGACCGAUGAUCCAACGUACUCACCUUGUCACCAAAGUUUUAGUUGUUCCAGUAUCAACUCAUCAACUUUGACAAUCGAAUCAAGUUCAACUGAUAGCGAUAAUGCACGGAUAGAUUCACUUUACUCUCCAACUCAACCAUGUCACAGUUGUCCUAGUCCCUCAACUAUGACAAAUACUUCAAGCUUGAUUGGUGAAGAAGAGGCAGUCACAUAUGACUGUCAUAGGUGCAACUUGGACUCUGGAAACAAUUCAUUCAACAACGGUGAAACAGAUAUAGAAGAACUCACCAAAAAUUACUUGCAAUCGCCAAAUUUGGCGCCCUCAUUCGACUCGCUGACUUCCUUGGGAACUGAGGGGGGACCAGUCAAGCCGUCGAUUCCAGAAUCUGGUCCAAAUAAAAAUACACGUUCCCCUUUAUCUAACGACGGUCAUUUAGAUCACGAAAAUGCUCCUCCACAAAGGGAAAACGAGCCAAAGCCCCUGAUUUGUAUUGUUUGUAAGGCUAAUAUGGAUUCAUCGACUGAAGAAGUUGGUCGCAAGCAUCGUUUAUGUGAAAGUUGUUGUGCAGCUAUCGUUGAACGAUGUAACAGAAGUUGCGAACAAAAAAGAAGAGAAACCGAUGUGAAUGGAAAUGUAAAUGAAGAACAACGUCGUGGAAAUGAGGAGAAUGCGGAUAUAAAUAAAGCCGUUCAACCUUCGAAAAAAUUUGAUUCAAAUUCAACAUUUGAUAACUUAGAAUUAUUGUCCUUCAGCGAAAUGUCAUCUAUUGUUUCGUUAGGUGACAUCAGUGGAUGGAAGUCGGAGUUAUUCUCGGAUCUUCAGGCAUACGUUGAAGAUCCACAAGGAAUCGAAUCUGCACAAUCCGCGGUUUUAUUAAGCAGUGGUCACAAUGAAGGAACGGAAGGAGAUCGACAACCAGACGGAUUAGUUGCUUCUGAUCGCACUGGAGGCGAAUCUGCCUCGACAGUAGAUGCUUCAGGUGACGCACAGGUUCCUAUCCCUCAGAAUGUGGGAGCACCAAAUACGGACGGGGUUCAGCAGUCACGUGAUGGCCAUCUGGGAGCACCAAAUUCGACGCCUUCAGUCGACUCGCUCACUUUUAACUAUGGAACCACACCUCGUAAUUCACCCCACCAGUUGACUCCUUCCCCGGAAACUGAGGGGGAACCAGUCAAGCCAUCUCUUCCAGAAUCUGGUCCAAAUAUAAAUACACGUUCCGCUUUAUCUAACGACGAUCAUUUAGAUCACGAAGAUGCGCCUUCACAAAGGGAACACGAGGCAAACCCCCUGAUUUGUAUUGUUUGCAGUGCUAAUAUGUACUCUUGGACUGAAGAAAUUCGUCGCAGGCAUCGUUUAUGCGAACGUUGUUGUAUUGCUAUCUUUGAAAAAUGUAAUAGAAGUUGGGAGCAAAACAACACCGAAACCGAUGCGAAUGGAAAUGUAAAUGAAGAACGUCGCGGAGAUGGAGAAAAUGCGGAUAGAAACCAAGCCGUUCAACCUUCGACGCCAAUGGCAUCAAACUCUACGGAUGACAUAGAAUUGUUGUCUUUCGGCGAAAUCUCAUCGAUGGUUUCGUUAGGUGACAUCAGUGGAUGGAAGUCGGACUCAUUCUCGGAUCUUCAGGCACCCGUUGCAGAACCACAAGCAAACGAAUCUGCGCAGUCGGCGGUACCAUUAAGCAGUGGUCACAAUAAAGGAACGGAAGGAGAUCGACAACAAGACGGAUUAGUUCCUUCUGAUUGCACUGGAGGCGAAUCUGCCUCGACAGUAGAUGCUUCAGGUGACGCACAGGUUCCGCAACCUAACCCUCAGAAUGUGGAAGCACCAAAUGGGGACGAGGUUCCGCAGUCGGGUGAUGGCCAUUUGGGAGCACCAAAUUCGGCGCCCUCACUGGACUCGCUCACUUUUAAAUAUGGCACCGCUCCUCCUAAUUCACUAUACCAGUUGACUCCUUCCCCGGAAACUGAAGGGGGACCAGUCGAGCCCUCGGUUCCAGAAUCUGGUUCAAACACACGUUCCCCUUUGUCUAACGACGAUCAUUUAAAUCACGAAGAUGCGCCUCCACAAAGGAAAGACGAGGCAAAUCCCCUCAUUUGUAUUAUUUGCGAAACUAAUAUGGAUUCAUCGACUGAAGAAAUUGGUCGCAAGCAUCGUUUAUGUGAAAAUUGCAGUGCUGCUAUCGUUGAAAGAUGUAACAGAAGCUGGGCACAAGUACACAGAGAAACCGAUGCGAAUGGAAAUGUAAAUGAAGAACGUCGUGGAGAUGGGGAGAAUGAGGAUAUAAACCAAGCCGUUCAACCUUUGAUGCAAUUCAUAUCAGACUCAACGUCUCUGUCCUUUGGCGAAAUCUCAUCGAUGAUUUCGUUAGUUGACAUCAAUAGAUGGAGGACGGAGUUAUUUGCGGAUUUUCAGGCAUUAAGCAAUGGUCACAUUGAAGAAACGGAAGGAGACCGACAACCAGACGGAUUAGUUGCUUUUGAUUACACUGGAGGCGAAUCUGCCACGACAGUAGAUGCUUCAGGUGAUGCACAGGUUCCGCAACCUAACCCUCAGAAUGUGGAAGCACCAAAUGCGAACCAGGUUCAGCAGUUGGGUGAUGACCAUCUAGGAGCACCAAAUGCGAAUGAGGCUCACCAGUCGGAUGAUGGCCAUUUGGGUGCACCAAAUGUGAACGAUGUUCAGCAGUUGGAUGAUGGCCAUUUGGGAGCACCAAAUGCGAAUGAGCCACAGCAGUCGGAUGAUGGCCAUCUGGGAGCACCAAAUGUUAACGAGACUCACCAGUCGGAUGAUGGCCAUUUGGGAGCACCAAAUGCGAAUGAGCCACAACAGUCGGAUGAUGGCCAUCUGGGAGCACCAAAUGUUAACGAGACUCAGCAGUCGGAUGAUGGCCAUUUGGAAGCACCAAAUGCAAUCGAGGCUCAGCAGUUGGGUGAUGGUCAUCUGGAAGCACCAAAUGCGAACGAGGCGAUGGGUCAUGGCCAUCUGAGAGGAGUGAAUCUAGAUAAUGCACGUGCUCAGCUUAAUGUCACCAGAGAAUUGUUCAGGAACUAUGCUAUGCUUAGAGUCCCAGAUCACGUUUUCCAACAGGUGCCGAUGGAACGUGUCAUUAAUCGCCACUAUGACGUGGGAGAUGUUCUACAACUCUUAAGAAGGUUUCGUCGACGUAAUUGUUACUGAGUUUUUUAGUGGUAGUAUUAGUUUGUAUAAGUUCGUUCUUUAGGUUAGAUUCUUAGUUAUUCCUGAAGUUGUUGUGAACAUUUCAAGGCAGUGAUUUUGUGAUAAAACAUUUAAUGUUACUAUUAGUACUAAUUAGUUUGUAUAAGUUAGUUUUUUAAGGAUAGUUUAGUUAAAAGUGAUGAGAUAAUUCAACUGUAGAGAGUUAAGUCAUUUUUGUCAUUUCUGAAUAUCAAUUAGAGAACAAGAUAUUCAAAAUUUUCCCUCCUUUUAAUAUGUGCAAUUUCAUGACCAAUUAUAUAAUUGUUCAUUUUAGUUGUAAUGCCUUUAUAUAAUUAAUAAAUAAAAUUCGUUUAUCUACGAUAUCUUUUAUUCUAUUGAAUGUACCGGAAAAUAAUGCCGUUUCUGCUGCUCAUGUCGAAAGUUGAUUAUUAUUGGAAUUGUCAACACUCGAAAAAAUUAAUGAAUGAGAGGUACUGCCUCAUCCACCAUGCUCACCCGAUAUUGCAUUCUCAGAUUUCCAUUUAUCCCUACAACAUUUUCUUAGUGGCAAAAAUUUUAAAAUUUGGAUGAGCCAUUUCAAAAUAUUUUACUCAAAAAGCAAUUGAUUUUUAUCGGUCUAGGAUUGAAAAUUUGCAUACUAAAUGGCAAAAGGUUGAUAACGAGGGUGAUCAUGUUAUUGAUUAAAAAUAAACCUUAUUAAAAAUUUAUUCGUUUGAACUUAAUGUAAGAAACCGACAUUAUUUGCCGGCCCCCUUAUAUUCCUUCCUUGCUUGUUUCCUAUCAAUGAGGCUUAAAUUCCAGAUGAAUCCUGCAAGGUUUCAAGAUUCUAGAUUAAUUUACUGAAAUAUUUUUAUUA